AUGUUCGACGCCAAGACGGGGGACGCCUUCGCCGUCAAGGGCAUCGACUACUACCCGCGCCCCAACACGGGGGACCUGGACGCCAACAACCUCGACUUCUUCACGGACGACAACGAGGACAUCUGGCGCCCGGACAUCGAGUACCUCGCGGCCGUGGGCGCCAACGCCGUGCGACUGUACGCCGUGGACCCGUCCAAGUCGCACGACCUCUUCAUGUGCGCGCUGCGAGCCAAGGGCAUGUACGCGCUGGUGGAUCUUGGCGCCAGCUGCGAGAACUGCUCCAUCACGGUGGACGAGUACCCGGCGUGCUAUCCGGGCGCGCUCAAGACUCGGGGGGAGCAGAUCAUCUCCGAGUUCGCCCAGUACGACAACGUAUUGGCGUUCAGCGCCGGCAACGAGGUGAAUAACAUUGUGGACGACGCGUGGACCAACGCCCCCUGCCAGAAGAAGUUCAUUCGGGAUAUGCGGGCGUUCCUCGGAGGCUGCUCGAGCUUCCGGGACAUCCCCGUGGGGGUGGUCAUGGCCGACCCGGACACUACCAACAACAACCGAGAGGUGAACUCCAAGUACUACAACUGCAGGACGGACUCGAGCGACGAGUACGAGAACGCGGAAUGGUACGGACUCAAUACGUAUCAGUACUGCAAUGCGAAGGUUACGGAGCUGGCGUCGUCCGGGGGAUUCGAGAAGCUAUUGACGGACUUCUCGUCCUAUGACUUGACUAUCCCCGUCCUGCUCACGGAGUUCGGCUGCGUGAACCCGAGCUUCCCGACUGUGGACGGGUAUGAGGCGCAACGCACGUGGCUGCAGGCUGGCUGGCUGUUCGACUCGACGUUCCGUGACGUGUUUGCCGGCGGAUUCGCGUUCGAGUACUCGACGGAGAACGCUAAUGCCAAGGACGAGUCGCCCUACCCGUUCACGAGCUACGGAGCUCAGAACUAUGGACUGGGCUACUUCUCGCCCGAGGACUGCGACCACGAGUCGGUCCCGUGUGUGUACAACCCGAUGCCGAACUUCGACAGCCUCGCGGAGCAGUACAACGCUACGGAUGUGUCGGGUGAGAGCAACAAGGACGACUUCACGCCCGACCGAACUACUCUCCCUUCGUGCCCCGAUGGAUUCCCCGCACUGGCCGAUGCUACGUGGGAGGCGGACAGCAUUGACAGUCUGACGUGUCCGUCUACUGCCCAGCAGUAUGAGUGCCCCGACCAGGAACCGAGUGGGGAUUGGGCCAGUGAUGCGGGAUCCAGUUCCACGACGUCGUCAUCGAAGACUUCUAAGAAUUCCGACACUAAUGCCGGAAGUUCCACCACUGCGACAUCAGGAACGGGUACGACGGACGAUGGAGGCAACACGAGCUCUUCGUCCUCGACUUUGACCCUAUCCGUUGCGAUGGCUGCCUCUGUGGCGGCGCUUGCAAGUAUUCUUGUCUAA